AUGUCUGAAAAGCAACCAGUACACAAUGAACAUGUGUUAUUGCAACAAAUGAAUCAAUUAUCUCCAUUUAAACAAAAUCAAUCACAGACACCAUCAUUAGUUUCAAAUAUGUGUAUGACUGAAGAAGAGAAAUCAAUUAUAACAAUGGAUUUUGAUUUUAUUCCUGAAUAUUUAUGCAGUACAAAUCCUUCAUUUGAAAAUCAAAUCAAAUGUAUUUUACCAUCAACAAUUAAUCUGGAAGAAUUAAGAGAUAUUGCUAUUUUAAUGCAUAAGAUAAUGUCGAUUGAAAUGAUUCAAUCGCUUUGGAUAAUGUAUCAAAAAUCUGGUAUGGGUCAUCUUUCAAUUGCAUCAUCAUCAAUAAGAACAAAUCAAAUUGAUGGGAAAGUUUGGCCGAAAGAAGUGCAAUCGUUGCUAAAGCGGUCGCAAACAAUACAUGUCGAUGAAGAUCGUGCUUGUUUAAUGUUUGUUAAUUAUUGUUUAAAUGAUUUAAAUAAGAAAAGUGAUCAUUAUCGACAAGAAUUAAAUAGAAAAACUAGUCGUCAACGUGAUUAUUCACGUAGUUUAGAACAUAAUAUUGAAAAAUAUCUAGAACAAAAUCUACAAAUGUUACGUAUGGAAAUAGAUGAAAAAAUUACGAUGGUUCAAUAUAAUUAUACAGAUGAAAUACUUCAUCGUGUUUAUCUUGCUGAGAAACCAAAUGAAAAUCAGAUACAAAUAAUGAAACGUCUUUGUAAACUUAAAUCUCAUCAGGAAAUGACUAAAUAUGAAGUCAACUUCUUGAAAACAAAAAUAUCAUUACAUUUUACUUCACAUCCAUUUGAAUGUGAAUCUAUUGCACAAUCAUCUUUGAUCAAUAGUUUGACUAAUAAGGAACUUCAAACGGAAUUUUACAAACAAUUGAAAGAUGUUGCCGAACAAGCAAGAACGAAGAUGAUGAACACUUAUAUGGAAUGUGCUGAAGGUCAAAAACAACAAACUCAAAAACACUUUGAUAAUGAAAUCAAAGACAUUCAAAAUACUCAACAAUUAACUUUAUCAAUGUGGAAUAUUAUCAAAGAACGUUUAACAAAUAUGAGUGCACGUAUCGAAUGUUUAUACAAAUUUAAAACUGAACUGUUUCGUCUUCAACAAUUAAAUAAUCAAUAA